AUGUCCGCCGAAGGCCUGAAAGCGAUGAGUGAUCUGGCGGACGCGGCGGACAAGUCCCGCCAGAAGAGCUGCAACGCCUGCGUACGGAGCAAGCGCCGCUGCGACAAGCGGACCCCGCGCUGCACCCGCUGUAACGAAAAGAACUUUUCGUGCGUGUACCAGAAUCUGCCGCCCGCCUCUGCCAGUGGAAGAGGUAAUAGCGGUGGUGGUAGUGGUAGUGUUGGUGUUGGAAGCCUCGGCGGCCGGGGCGACUCCUCUUCCUCCGCCGGGGGUAUGAUCAGUAACCCAGACGACACCCUCCAGGCCAUGGACAUUGAGGAGGACUGCGGCAACAUCGACGAUGACCUUCCUCCCUUUGACUUUAACACACUCACUGAUCAUCAUCUCCAACAUCAACAACAUCAUCACCAACCUCAACCCCAGCAGCAGCCCACGCCCGUGUCGUCGUCAUCCUACCUCGACGGCGGUCUCCCGACAAUAGUGAUGACGGAGGACAUCCACAACGGCAUCGGCAGCGGCAACAACAGCGGGAGCAACAUCGACAACGCCACGUCGGUGCCGCCCACGUCGUCGCUGAACCUCGACUUGAAUGCCGCCAACGCGCCCUUUGACUUCAACUCGGUCAUGGAUUUCCUGAACGCGGACCCGACAGCCGGCGGUGAGCUUCAGCUUUGGGAGACGCCCUUGACGCCCAUCGUGCAGAAGACCAUACUGCCUGAGAUUAACCAGCUGAGUCCGUGUGACUGGGAUAAUGAGAUGGGGGAAGCAUGCGUAACCUCACAGGGCGGCUUUCAACCAUGGCAAAUCCACGAACCAAACUCCCGCAUCGGCCACCUCGUCAGCAUCGUCAAGAACAUGCACGUCGUCUUCGCCCAGACCAAGCAGACCCCCUUCCUUCACCGGCACCUCUACCGCGGCGUCCGCGAGACGCCCAGGCCCCUGAUGGCGGCCUACACCGCCAUCUCGGCGUACGCGGGCAUGACGGAGUCCAAUAAGGACUGGGCAAUCCGCGCCGUCUGCGAGGGCGCCAACGAGAUCCUCAAGGGCGGUGCUGGCGCUGGGAGCAACAUCACGGGACACGAGAAGCUCGCAAGGGCACAGGCCCUAUUCCUGAUCCAAACGGUGCGGUGCUUCGACGGCGACAUAGCGCUGCGCGCGCAGGCGGAGCGGGACAUGGGCGUCCUCGAGAAGUGGUUAAAGGACCUCGAGGGGUUGAGGGACAACUUUGACGAGGUGCAUCUUCUAGACGACGGCGCGUUGCGCGGGAGACCGCCGCGGUCCUGGGAGGUGUGGAUCUUUAACGAGUGCGUGAGGCGGACUGUGUUGAUGGGGUAUGUCUUUACAAGCAUGUAUCAGAUGCUCAAGAGUGCUGGUGAUUUUGAUCCCGACCUGGCACCUUGGCUCAUCCCGCACCGCUGGACCUUCUCGAAGCACCUCUGGGACGCUCAGUCUUCGCCGACCUUCUUCACUGCGUGGCGCGAGAAGCCCAUGUUCCUAGUCAACAGCUUCUUCGUGCAAGGCGUCGCCAAGAUAAUGCGGCCGGCGGAUGUGGACGAUUUUGCGAGGAUGUUCCUCACCAUGUGA